AUGUCACGUCCAGGCCCGGGUGCGCGGCGCUCGACGAAAAGUGAGUAUAUCGAAACGGAUACCGGUAACAAAAUCUCAAGACGUGCCCAAAUCGAAGGCAAACAGAACAUCAUGCUCGGCGGCAAAUCGGUCGUGAUGGCCGGUGUCAAUUUACGUGGAGAUCUCCACCGCAAACCAGAACGUCCCGCAGAAGGCGAGCCUGACAAAGCCCCUGUCACGGCCAUCACAAUUGGAAGGCUUACUGUGAUAUCGACGAAUUGCAUCAUUCAUCCUCCCAUGCGGAUGAGCCAUGGCCAGAUGAAUUUCUAUCCCAUACGGAUCGGUGACAACGUCUUCAUCGGACCCAACACUUUCGUCUCAAGCGUCGCAAUCUCAUCACAUGUCUACAUCGGCGAGAAUUGCGUCCUGUCGCCCUUUUGCAUGAUCAAAGAGGGCAGCAGGGUUCUGGCCAACACGGUCGUACCUCCAAACAUGGUUGUGCCAGCGGGAUGCAUCGUCGCUGGCCGCCCUGCUCGGAUUGUGGGUGAAGUCGGCGAUGGUGCCGGGCAGGGUGGAAGUGUUGAUGAGUGGGUGGAGGGAGGGGAUUUGAGAGAACUUGUUCGCAGCAUCAAGUGA